UUACCUGAGUUUGUAAAAAAAAAAAGAUAAAUAAAAUUCAGAGCAUUGUUACAGCAAAAAAAGAGGAUGUCAAAUACUCUACAACUUUGACGAGCAAGGAAGUUAUAGCAGAACCUACGAAAUUCAGGCGUACAUACAAAAGUAGCGUCACAGUGCGAACGUCACGCCGCCAAGCGACGGAUUGGGUGGCAGCAGAAAGUUUGUCUUCAAGCCGCCCGUAAGAACUGGACUUCUAUAUUUAUUUAACAAUGGCGCCGGUCAACGGAAUUUUUAAUAUGCCGGAUAAUGUUCCGGCUAAAUAUGCUGAAGACGUCGCUAAAACUCUUUGUUCUAUGGAAGCCCAUGUCGAUGCUCGAGGCGGCGUUGAAGCCGAUUACACCUGGACGAGAGAUGAUUUUAAUAUCGGAGCGCCCCUUGGCAGAGGAAAGUUUGGUAGAGUUUAUUUGACUAAAGAGAAAACUUCUAACUACAUUGUAGCUCUGAAGACCCUCUACAAGGUUGAACUUGUAAAAGGAAGAGUGGAAAAACAAGUUAUGAGAGAAAUUGAAAUUCAGUCUCAUCUUCGUCAUCCUAACAUUCUCCAAUUAUUUACCUACUUUCACGAUGAAAAGCUGAUCUACUUAGUUCUGGAAUUUGCGGCUGGGGGUGAACUCUAUAAAGUAAUGAAACGUCAGCCUGGGGAAAGAUUCAACCAACACUUGUCUGCUAAAUACACGUAUCAAGUAGCCGAUGCUCUUGAUUACUGCCACAAAAACGAUGUAAUACACAGAGACAUAAAACCAGAAAAUUUACUAUUGGAUAAUCAAGGAAACAUCAAACUAGCCGAUUUUGGCUGGUCCGUUCAUGCUCCUUCUUCCAAACGCAACACACUUUGUGGUACUCUGGAUUAUUUACCUCCGGAAAUGGUGACCGGACAAACGUACGACAUUUAUGUAGAUCAUUGGUGUCUUGGGAUUUUGUGUUACGAAUUCCUCGUCGGUAAACCACCAUUCCUGAGCGACUCGCAGCAAGAAACUUAUACGAGAAUAAAAACUUUGAAUAUGCAAUGGCCUUCUGUGAUAAAACCGGGCGCCAAGGAUCUUAUAUCAAAAUUGAUAAAACGUCGUGGUUCAGAUCGAAUUUCUCUAUCGGAGGUGAAGAAACAUUACUGGAUCGUAGAAAAUAAGGACAACAAAUGAAGUUAUUGUUUUUUCCAUUCCCAAAUAACGGAACUACUAAUUAGUAGUGGAAUUAGUAAUGGAAAAUAAUGGCAUUAGUAUUGGAAUGGAAUGUAAUUCAAAUGAUUUUAAACACUCGCCAAUUUACUAAUGGAAUUUUAAGAGAGCAUA